GCUUGAAACAAACACCCCUUAGAUGGUUAAAUUUUCCGUUUUCAUCCUCUCCUAUUAUUAUUGCGGGAGAUCGAACACGAAGUCCUUCCUGCUUAGCGCAAAAGUUCCAUUACUCCCUAUUCUUAAAUCCAGUUGAACAACAUUAGUAAGGUGGAGAGACAAAGCGAGUACGGAAGUGAAAAGAAGACUUACAAAUCCUCUCAAGAAGCUCGCCGGAUAAUCAGUUUCCGGCGGCGUUAAUGGCGGUGAAAUGGGAGUGGGAGAAUGCUACCGCCGGAGCCGUCGCUGGCUUCGCCACUGUGGCAAUCAUGCACCCCCUUGACGUCGUUCGCACCCGCUUUCAAGUGAAUGAUGGACGAAUAUCGAAUCUCCCAAGCUACAAGAACACUCCCAAUGCUAUCUUUACCAUCGCCCGUUCUGAGGGUUUGAGGGGGCUUUAUGCUGGCUUCACCCCAGCUGUUAUAGGAUCAUCUAUUUCAUGGGGGCUAUUUUUCUUCUUCUAUAGCAGAGCUAAAAAAAGGUAUUCUGGUGAUGAGGAGGAUAAGCUGAGUCCUGGACACCAUUUGGCGGCAGCUGCAGAGGCUGGUGCUCUGGUAUCAUUUUUCACAAAUCCUGUUUGGGUCAUUAAAACAAGAUUACAACUACAGAAUCCUCUUCAUCAAACCCGUCAAUAUUCUGGUGUUUAUGAUGCUCUGCGAACCAUAACAAAAGAGGAAGGGUGGACUGCACUCUAUAGAGGAAUUUGGCCAAGUCUUUUGCUGCAGGUCUCUCAUGGUGCCAUACAGUUCACUGCGUAUGAAGAAUUGCGUAAACUUCUUGUUGAUUUUAAGUCAGAAAAAGCCAAAACUAAAGAUGUUGAAGUGCUGAACUCCCUAGACUAUACCUUUUUGGGAGCUUCUUCUAAAGUUGCAGCCAUUCUCUUUACAUAUCCAGUUCAGGUCAUUCGAUCAAGAUUACAGCAAAGGCCAAAUCAAGAUGGCGUUCCUAGAUAUGCAGAUAGCUUUCAUGUGAUCAAAGAAACUGCACGGUUUGAAGGUCUUCGUGGUUUCUACAAAGGUAUUACAGCUAACUUAUUGAAGAAUGUACCUGCAUCUGCUGUAACUUUUGUUGUAUAUGAGAAUGUUCUAAAGGUGUUCAAUUUGACUAGAAAGAAAGAUUAAUUCUAUAUUCUUUCAUCUAUUUUUUCUUGAACUCUCUUCUA